AUGGUAGCGGAGCUGGCUACGGCCAGCUCCCGCUGGGCGCCCCCCCCGUGGCGCGGGGCGCUGGCCAUAGCUUUCGCGGCCGCGGCCGCAGGACGAGCUUUGAUCCACGGCGACCAGCUGACACAGCAGCAGGCCAAGGUCUACGUCUACGGGACCAAACAGCUGGACAAAGUCUUCGUGACCACAGGAGUGCAAGACGAGGUCUACGUGACCACCGAGCACAAGGACGAGGUCUACGUGACCACAGAGCUGAAGUACGAGGUCUACCUCACCACCGAGCAGAAGGACGAGGUCUACGUGACCACAGAGCUGAAAGACGAGGUCUACGUGACCACAGAGCUGAAAGACGAGGUCUACAUGACCACCAACGAGCAGAACGAGGUCUACGUGACCACCGACGAGCAGGACGAGGUCUACGUGACCACCGACAAGGAGACCGAGGUCUACUUGACCACCGACGAGGAGUACGAGGUCUACGUGACCACAGACAAGCAGGACGAGGUCUACGUGACCAUGACGGAGCCUGGCGCUGAGCGGCAGGGUUUCGGGUUGAAGCCACCGACGUUCGACGGCAACGAAGAGACGUGGACGGAGUGGAGUUUCGUGAUGAGGGCCUACCUGGGAGGACAAACAACGCAAACGCUGAAACUCUUGGAGGCGGUUGAGCAGCGAGCAGAUCCGGACAUCAGCAUGGCAGAGACUUUGCAUCGCCUGGGCGCUGAAGGAGUUACGGCGACGAAGAAGAUGUUCUUCGCGCUGGUCAUGACAGUGAAGGGCAGUGCCCAGAUGCUGCUGACCAGGAGUGUAGAGGAUCAGAACGGAGCGCUGGCACGGCGAGCGCUGAUCAAGCGCUGCGAGCCUGCGACGGCGAUGAGCGCGCAAAAUAUCAUGACGGCGGUUCUCAACGUGAAGAAUUUCCCUUCGGACCAGGCGGGGUCCGAGCAGUACCACUCAGACUGGGGGCGCGACACCAGGCGCUGCGAGACGGCGUCGGGAGAGGUGUUCAAUGCUGGAGUCAAGAGGAGCAUCUACCUACAGAAGGCGCCGAAGAACAUCAUAACGGUACGACAGAUGCAGAGCGAAAGAAGCUACGACGAACUGGUUGCCACCACGAUACAGAUGCUGUAUCUACAAGCGGCGACG